GCCUGAAAGUUAUCGCUAUGGAUGGUAUAUUAUCAACAUUCUAUAUUUAUGUAGAUAUUUAUGUUGUGAUACUUUCAUAGUUUAAUGAAAAUUAUAACUUAAUCUCUAUUUCUUAUGUGCAUUUUAACGUACCAUCGUCAGGUGUGCUUUUUUUAUGGCAAUUUUAUUUUAUUGUUAAUUCAAAUAAUACAAAAAUACUUCAAAUAACGUUUUAGCAUUAUAAUAUUUUAAAACGACCAAAUUAACAUAGGAGAGUCUUGAUUAGAGUUUCGAGACUAUCAUAUUCAAAAGGAAAACAAGAGAAAGUAGCGUCAACACAGCAGUCAUUGUAUUGUAUAAUUAACGUCGUUUAAGUUAAUGGUAUUCAAGUCAUUUAAAGUUACUUCCCUCAAGUCAUUUUGGUUAUAUUCUAACGUCAUUCAAUCGGAAAUGUCGCUUAAGAAAAGAUCUACGAUACUUGAUUUAUUUAAGUUUAAAUCUUUUUUUCGCAAAACUUGUAACCGAAGAGGGAAAAGUAUGCAGAAGUUAAAUAGCAGUUCAAUAAGUUUGAAUUCUAACAUUAGAGGUAUGUUGUUAAAGUGUCAGUGUUUGGAUUUAAAUUUUUUUAUGAAAUCACCAAGAGAAAGUGUUAACAAGAGCUAAAAGUGUUAGUCUACUGAUUGAAACGAAAACUUUCGCCGAAAGCUUAAGAUCAGUGGCAGUUUGUCCUUUAGAGUAUUGUAUUUGCAACCGGUUAUUGUCUGUUAUCUGAUGCUAUUAAAAAGUCUUUCAAUAGUGUUUCUCAGCAUCGGUGAUUUCAACGGUCAAUAGAGCCUCAGUUAUAUAAUUUAGACUUUAACGAUCAUUCGCUUUUUAGUUUUUAACGGGACUAGAACAUUUUGACAUGGGCCCUUUUAAAGCUACAAAUCUAUGGAAAGAAGUCGUAAAUAGUGUUCAUGAGAGAGUGGAAAUUAAGAAACGUAGAGUUCGCCUGCGGCAUUAUGAAUACUGCUUCUCUGGAACAGCAAUAGUAGACGUAGUUCUAGAUACUCUUGAAAUGAAUAGGGCAGUUCUCACUCAGCCUAUAUCAAGAGCAAAAGCUAUUAAGCUUUGUCAACUUCUUUUAGACUCUCAAGAGAUAUUUAGCGUUGUCUCGUCUGCGUCUACAUUUCAGGACAAGCAGAGUGCUAUCUUUGAGGAUAAUUCUCAUAGAUUUUACAAACUACCUGAAGGAAUUUGUGAAAAUAAGGAAAACAGUUACGCUUCUCCAAAAUUAAAAACUGUUAAUGAAUCGGCCUUUAGCUCAGUAACUAGAAAAAGCAGUUUAAGAGGGUCGUAUUCGUUAACUCCUUAUCUUCGAAAAAAGUCUAGGAGGACAACGGAAUCUCUUAUCGAUACAAACACAGCCGAAGAUAUUUGGCGUGAUGUUGCGCUAUCGUAUCUCUUACGUAUUGUAGAUUUACCUAUACUGGAUUCGAUUCUAAGCUAUGAGGUUCCUCAAACUUCUACUACGGGGGUGACUAAUCUUGCUUUUCAGGGAAAAGCAGAUUAUUCUCUAUCCUCUGUUUGUAUGCAUGAGGAUGAAGAUCAAUGGAAGGAAUCAGCACUUGAAUGUAUUGAAUGUUUAGAAUUGAGUUGCUCGAACAUUGAUUGUUCAGGUACAGCGGGUCGUCUUCAACUGUUUCACGUAUUAAGACAACAUUUAGAAAAGACACCUACGUCUGUAUGGCCCCCCAUAUUCGCCGAUCUGCAUGUUUGUAUAUAUGGACUUAUCAUGCAAGAAAAGCGAAACGACACCAUUCAAGCAUUACAAUUAGCCAUAUUGAUAUUAGCACCCUCAGAGAGAGAAAAAUUAAAGAGAAUUUUGAAAUUUAUGUCAAUAGCCUCCGACGACAAUUCAGUACAGCUAAGUCGGACGGAGACAAAUAGAGUUGUCGUAGAGAGAGCUUUUAGUGACGCCAUUUUAAAAAACAAACUUCUAACUUCCCAUCAGAGAAUUCAACUUGUUUCAUUUAUGAGUCGCCAUGUUGAACAUAUAUUUCGAGUGCCCGAAUUCGUUAGAAGAAGAGUACAAAAGCGAGUUUUGGCAUUAGCGUGUGGUAAAUCAUGCGAUGAAGAUGUUAUUACUCAAUUUUGUGAAAAGGUACAUGUGAAUGAAUAUGAAGAUCGAAUUAAAAAUUGUACAGAAGAAUCAUUAGCCGUUCUCAUUAACCAAGUACUCGAUGACACCAAAAUGAGUUUAAAGGAGAAGAAAAGGCGAUUAAAAGAAUUUAAAAAAGUACACGAAGACAUUUUUGUUAAAUAUUUUCCUCAAAUGGAUGAACUCAACUAA